GCUAAUUGCGAAGCAGUUCAGUUUAGAUGCGCGUCUAGUCUGGUGUAAAAUCUUUCAGAGUGAUAACGGUUCUUUAAGUAUAAUUCAGUUCGGUUGCAUGAUUGCACAAAAAUUACGGUGAAUUGCAAAAAGUGUUUGUCACAAGUCUUUGCUCACAAUACGCAUAGAUUGCCGGUGUACAUCGAAAACAAGCAACUCGCGUCAAUGUCCUUAUACGGGCCACCUUUCAUCUAAUAUCGUUGCCUAACCUCUUGCAAUCAACCUACAAUUCUCGGCGUUGAUAAAUGAAUUCGAUAAGAUAACAGAUAUCAUCAAGUAAUCCCCCAUCGAAUGGAACAAAAGUGAAGUCUUCAAUUGACGCAGCAGAUUCAGUACGGCUUCAAGUUUCGAUCCGAGAGCAAACACAGAGCACGCACAUUAUGGGUGAAGAAACUCCAGUUCAGGAACAUUCCGCCCUGUCAUCGGCAGCAGAGGAGCAAGUGUCUACGGAGCAACAGUCUGCUAGCGUGGAAACGGUCUUGGAGGAUGUGAAACCCACGGUUGAAGUGGAAGCCGUAGCUCUCAGUGCGGAAGACAAUGCUGUCGAAGAAAUCCCUCAGGAGGUACAGCCAGUGGUGACUUCAGUGGAAGUUCAACCAGAAGUGGCUUCAAUGGAAGUUCAACCAGAAGCGACUUCAAUGGAAGUUCAACCACAAAUCGCUGUCCCUCUGUCUGGCGUGACCUACCAGAAGCGGUCGGACGGAAUGCCACAGUUCAUGUACGACGCCGUCGCUCGAAUCGCUCCAGAACAAGGAUUUACCUCUGGUCAAUUCGAGAUCACUUUCGAGUCAGGCUCCGGCAAGGGAGAUGGCUUCGUAGCGGAAAUGUUCCGAGCUACCAUCAGCGAAGGUGACCGCAAACUGAUAGUUCUGUGCAAGAUUCCACCGAUCAACGAUGCUCGUCGCCAGCAGUUCGGCUCAAUGCCGAUCUUCGAUCGUGAAGUUAUGGCAUACUCCAAAUUUCUUCCGGCCAUGUACGAAUUCCAACGGGAGAAAGGUGUUACAGAAGAGAUGAACAUAGGGUUCUUCAACGCUCCUCAGUGUUAUCUAGCCUAUGUAGAUAUACCCAAAGAAGAAUCUGUCAUAAUCAUGGAUGACUUGAGGCUGAAGGACUACCGCAUGUGGAACAAGAUGGUGCCAACCAACUACGAACAUGCCCGUCUGCUAAUGAUUCAGCUUGGUAGACUACAUGCCGUAUCCUUAGCAAUGAAAGAACAACGACCGGAAGUGUUUGAACAGUUCAAAGUACCUGAUCCCUUGAACGCCAUGAUGAGAACGAAUGAAGGAUUCAUUAUGAUGAUGAACAUGUCAAUGGACCGAGCAAUAGGUACCCUGGAACCCCAUGAAGAGAAAGCACGUCAAAAGCUAUCGAAACUGAAGGAAACUCUGUUCGACGAUAUAUCUACAAUCACCAGUGCAGAAUAUGCCGAGCCGUAUGCAGUCUUGGGACACGGGGAUUGUUGGAUCAACAAUAUGAUCUACUCCUAUAAGCGAGGUGUACCCAUGGAAAUCGUUCUCCUUGAUUGGCAAAUCUGCCGUUACGUAUCGCCAGCGCUCGACCUUCUGUACUUCAUUUUUGGAUGCACUGAUGAAGCGUUCCGCCGCCAGCACUACGACGAAAUGCUCCGCAUUUACUACAAUUCGCUGAAGCAGCUGCUGGAGAAACUUGGUGGAGACGCAAGUCGCCAGUUCCCCUUCACGGCUUUGCUGCGGCAACUCAAAGCCUGCGGCAAAUUCGGCAUUCUGAUGGCAAUGUUCAUCGUGCCGAUGAUCUGCAUCGAGAACCAGGACCUCCCGGAUAUGAACGAGGCGGCAGAGAAGUACAAAGAAUCGCAAGAAUUCGACACGUCGUUCAUUACCAGCGCAAAAUCCGAAGACAAGUACAAAACUCGGAUGGCGGCCAUCAUUCGGGACGUGAUAAGAUACGGAUAUCUAUAGGACAUGUGGGCAUUCCGAGGAGAUACGGCGAAUCAAGCGACAGCGGCAGGGAUAUUAUUGUUUAACAGAUAAAUAAAAAUCGAUAGGCUGUGCCAUAUGAAA